AUGGCGAAGCAUAAGAAGCGCAAGCUUCAGAAUGCCCCAAAGAAGCCUUCGAAACCAGGAGCCAAGGCAACACCGCAAAAGCCGUCCAAACCACAAAAACUCGAACCGACGAUUCCCUUCCACGCCGAAGAUCGCAUUCUUCUAGUCGGCGAGGGCGACUUCUCCUUCGCCAAGUCCAUUGUUGAGAACCACGGCUGCUGCGACGUGACCGCGACGUGUUUCGACUCGCAGGUCCAUCUGUUCGAGAAGUACAAGCCGCAAGCUGUAGAGCAUGUCAAGUAUUUGGAAGAUGAAGGGCAAACUGUGCUAUAUGGGGUCGAUGCAACGAAACUGGACAACAACAAGAGCUUGAAGAAGGGAGAGCUUUUUGAAGUUGUCCUCUUCAACUUCCCACACGUCGGGGGCAAGAGUACCGAUGUCAAUCGCCAAGUGCGGUUUAAUCAAGAACUUCUCGUGAGCUUUUUCCGCGCCGCAACACCUCUCCUGUCGCCCAGCGGUACGAUUGUAGUAAGUCUAUUCGAAGGCGAGCCGUAUACCCUAUGGAACAUACGUGACUUGGGGCGACAUACUGGCUUGGAGGUUGUUAGGAGCUUCAAGUUCCAGGCGGACGCGUACCCGGGAUACAGCCAUGCGAGGACGCUGGGUAACAUCGAAGGUGGUGGUGGGUGGAAAGGAGAGGAUAGAGAUGCGAGGAGCUAUGUGUUCAGGAAGAAAGGCGGGGCGGACGUGCAGGCUAGAGCAGGUGCAGACGUUGGUGGGAAGAGAAAGAGGAAGGAUGGAGAUGACAAUUCGGAUGAGGAAUGA